AUGGAGCCUGAAGCUGGAGGAGGAGAAAGGCCCACUUACAGAAAGCCAUAUCCAGCUUAUAUUGAUCAAAUACCUCUAUCCCAGGGUUUCAUGGUGCCAAACUUCACCUUGUUCAACGGAGAAGAUCCCCAUGCUUCAUCAGUCGAGCAUAUAGGCAAAUUUUCUAUCCAGUGCAUAACCAUAGAAAAUAACCCUCUGUUAAAGCUAAGACUUUUUGAAAAUUCUCUCUCUGGACAAGCCUUCACCUUGUACAUCAGUCUACCAGCUAACUCUGUUCAAACCUGGGAGCAAAUGGAAAAUGUUUUCCAUGACUACUAUUUCAGGAUCCAGCCAGAAGUCACUAUCAGUGAUCUUGCUGCCCUCAAACAGAGUAAAGAUGAACAUGCUCAAGACUUCAUAACCUGGUUUAGAAAGCUCAAAAUGAAGUGCCGAAUCCUUAUGGAAGAGAGGCACUUUAUCCAGAUGGCUCAAAUCGCCCUUAAAAUCUCUCUGAGAAAAAGAUUUGAUGGGAUGCUGUUUGGAGAUCUAGCAGAACUGGCAGAUAAAGCAUCUAAGUAUGAGGAGUUGCUUAAGGAAGAACAACAGAAGAGAAACUCUUCCAAGGGCAUAUACUACAAAACCCCUUCCUCUUCAAUCCAUCUGGUUGAGGUGGAAUCAGAGGAAGACACAGAAGGCUCGGAGGAAAGAGAAAUUGCAGUGGCAGAAAUGGCAAAAUUGAAACAUCCCAUCAGCUGCAAGGCUCUUACAAAACCACCAAAGGAUCAGAAGCCGCCACCAUUCACAGGAGGGUUUGUUCCAAACAAACCAACACAGAACAAGGUCUAUUCCUUUUAUCUAAACAAAGGUUGA